CACUGUCUAUUUGAUUUUCACUUUUGAAAAAGUAUCUCCAUAGGUGACUUUCAAGUAACCAAAUCUAUUGACCCAUCCUGAAGGCACUGCAUCUGCUACAAAUAGAUAUUAUUACAGUAAGAUUAAAAUGGUAGCCCAAGCAAGUCCAAGGGAUCUAUCCCAAACCUGUCACUGGCAGAGGUUUCCGAUUUGUUGAGAGUCUACAGCAUCUCUGCUUCCAAAAAUCCUGGCUUCUAACAAGGACUUGUAGACAUAAAUGGUGAAUGCCAUUAAAUCAGUACUCAUAAGACAAAUAAUGAUAGAAGUGGAGGAAAUAUUCUAUGAACAUGGAAGAUUCUUGUUUUAUUGAGCAAAGCAGCAAGAAAGUUCUGAUUAGCCUACACGUUCUGGACUGAGGGAGGAAAUACAGGUAAAAUUCCAGUUCUACUUUAUCUGCAUUCUGGCUUUGAUGCUCUCCAAUGGAGCACUGUCAUGAGUGCUGACUGUAGUAGCAGUACCAAAUACACUGCUGGGAUCAUCACCUGAUCAAGCAUGGAUGGAAGUAGGCAAGAGAUUGGGACAGGGCCCUAGGAAAGAAUAUUCCAUGAACUUAAGCUUUUUAGGGAAAAAAAAAAAAAAAAAAAAAAAAAAACCCACAACAAAACAACAUUCACUUUUAGAGCUAUUCCUCACCUCUGGUUUGUUAGUGUUACCGCAGUGUUUGCCAAUGAUGAAACAUUAAUAAUGCUUUUAUGGAGGGAAAUCGAACACUCAAGCUAAAGGCUUAGCUGGUUUUUAAAAGUAUACUUAAGCUGCCAUUCCAACUGCUGAUUUUGUCUCAAUACACACUGUUAAAGAAGUUAUCACAGAACAAUCCAAUGGCCUGGUUUGAACCUUAUGAACAGGAACUGUCAGGCCCCAUUAUAUUCUACGUAAACCUAUAGAAGAUUAUGUCAUUUCAAAUUUGUUCAUGAUUCAAAAAAAGCUUAAAAAGGACAAAAAUCAGGCUGCAUCCUGUAAUUCCAUCAAAGAAAGUGCCUUCUUAUGUCCACGAACACGUUACAUAGAGACAGUGUCCUGGCCUGGUCUGGUGCCGCGGAGCCGGGGUGCACGGUUUCCGGGAAAUCCCGUGACCUCGCGCCCGUUCCACGCCCUUCCCGCUGCGAGAGAUUGGCAAGUACCGGGGAACGAGCGCGGCCGGUGCGCCACAGAGCCGCGCGGACCGCCAGAGGCCACCACAACCCUAACUGCGGCCGCAGCAGCGCACGCAUACAAGCCUGAAACCGCGACCGUUGGUAAGAAGCGCGUUGGGGGACGGGCCAGGCUGUGGAGACAAACCGAUUGGCCACGGCAAGUCAAGUGGCGCCUGUGAUUGGCUGGCGGAUGUUUCGAGUUGAUUUUACCGAUCGUUUGAUGAACAGCACGCUCAGGAAAUCUACUAUGACUUAAGCCCUGAAAACCACCUGAGGCUCCACAUUCCAAAAAUUCACCUGUGUUACAUGCAGAACCUUUCAAAAACCAAUGGCCAGAAUGCUACAAGCUCCACCCAAGUUGCAUUCUUCAGAAUGGCACGUUGCAAACAAGAUGCAGUGUGCCAGUACAGAGUCUCAGAAAUCCAGUUCAGAGCGCUUAGUAGCUGAGAGUCGAAGACUGGUGGAUGAAAUAGAAAAGACAACUCAGAAAACCCAAAGCAGUGUCAACAAGAAAAUAGAACAGAGACUGGAAGAAAUAAAGUUCUGGAAGCAAGAAUUAGAUAACAAACUUGAACAACUUGUUAAUGAGACAGAGGUACUGUUUACUUUCAAGAUCAGGCUGGAGAAAGCCUUGGAGAGCUGCAAAGAGCCACUUGUAAUUUCCCAGAAGUGUCUCCUGAACAGGCAGAGACGAGCUGGGACUGACUUGGUGCAUGAUGAAGUGGAACAGGAACUGGUCAAGGAAGCUGGAGUUCUGCAGGGGGUUAUUGCUUUGCUUGAACGUACAUUAGAACAAACGAAUGAGCAAAUCAGACUAAACCGUUCCACAAAAUACAACCUGGAAAUGGAUGUGAAAGACAAGUUCACAGCUUUGAUGAUUGACAAUUACUGUGCUAGCUUGACAAACAACACUCCUGAUGUCAGAUACACUGAUAAAACAGUGGAAAUAGAAGGAAAUUUUGUUAGCCCUGAAGACUGGUUAUAUUUCUCAAACAUAAAUGUUGAAAAGGCUGACAAGCAGAGAAACAAUUCAGUGGCGCUAAGGGUGCUGAUUGACAGCAUCCUCUCCCAGGCAGUGAAUGACAUGUGCAAGCAAUAUGAGAUGGUGAAUAUCGCAUUUAGAAAUAGAGUGGAGGAAGUCAGAGAUGCCAAGCACAAGCUGGAGACACUCCUUGCAGUGGUGAUGAAGGAGGCUGCCUCGCAGGAGAUGAACAUUGUAGCCUUAAAGAAAGCAAUUGCUGAUAAAGAAGGACCUGUUAAAGUGGCUCAAACCCGCUUGGAGGCAAGAAAUCAUCGCCCUGGAGUGGAAUUAUGUUAUGACACAGUGCAAUAUAGGUUGACCGGUGAAGUUCAAGAGAUUACAAACAACAUUCAAAGGUUAAAGGACACACUGGCACUGGCUGAAACAGAGCUGAAAGGUCUGAGACGUCGGCAGCUUUCCCUGGAGGAGGAGAUCCAGAUCAAGGCAGAUACAUUAUACAUUGAUGAAGUGCUCUGCAAGCCAAUGAGAGAGUUGAUGAAGAACAGGAACAAGAUGGCAUCUAUGCUUCAAAAUGUCAGGGCAACAAUGGACUGGCAGAGACACCUGCUUUUAGCUGACUUUGAGAAUGAGAGCCCUGUACCAGACAAAUACAGGAGAAAAACUUCUUUCAGUUCUCUUAAUACUAUCGGCAUGUCUCUAAGAAAGCGAAUACUGUUAAAGCAAGUAGAGCUGAAUUUCCAUGAGACACCACUUUGGGAAAACAUGGAAGCAAGAAAGAAAAGCCAAGUGCUCCAAAGUAUUACAAAAACAGCAAGAAAUGCUUUUGGAACAGUGUCACAGAAAAUACGGAAGACUUGCCAAAGGCCAAUACAUUCAACUAUGACCUUUCCAGCUGAAGACACCAGCAGCAGCUCCGCAACCAGUUUUUCCAAGAAAAGAAGAACAGUACAAACACCUUGCCUUAGUAUAAACAGUGUUACUUCAGCAGCUAGUUCUACAUGCACAUCAAGGUCCAGCAGAAGAUGCUUGCUUUGGCCAACAAGGUUGUCAGAACAUACAAAAUUGACGGGUUUCCCAUCUUGGCGUGGUGAAGAUGCUGUCCCACUCGAGAUCAAGGAGAGCAUCAACAGCACUGAAGAGCCUCUGUUCAUCACCUACUCCUGCCAGCAGAAGAAUGCACCAUGCAAUAUCAAACUACUGCUAUUCUAAUGGCAUGAAGUUUGCAGCCUGUGCAUCAAUCUUGGGAACUACCUCAGGCUGUCAGAAGGCAAGGAAAGAAACUCCGUUCAGCAACUGGUGCCUGGACAGAGAUGGCUAUAAAUACCGUUAGUUUAUGAAUAUAUAUAAAGGAAAACUUCAUUUGAGAUAUGAGACUAUACCUUAUACUCUGCAUAGAACUGUGUGCUUUAAAAAACAAUUACAUUUUAUAAUAUUUUUGGCAGAGCAGCCUAAAAUUACUCUUCCCUUGCUUUUGCUGUUCAAGUCAACUAGAGAAAUAAAUCUGAACCACAGUGUACUACCUAUCUUCUGCUGAGACAAUGGACUAUCUUCUAUGGGGCUUUCACAACUUUCAUAAAGCACUAAGUAGGAAUGGUCAAAGCAAGGGCAGAGAUCUACAAAUGAUGAUCAUAGGAAAGAGUAAUAUUCAGAUCCUCCUAUGUAUUAUGAAAGCACUGAUCUGUUAUUUUCAAAGCUUAACAAUUUAUCUUAUUUUUUUAAUACUAACAAAUCAAAAGCUAACUUUACAUGUUAAAAAAUGUUUUAAAGUUUAAAAUGUUAACUAUAAUGCUUAAAGAAACAAUGAUUGCUAUUUGAGUUUUGACCACAACUGCCAUUCCAAGUCAGCAGGUUUCUGUACUCAUUUCAAAGUCACAACAGUGGAGCCAUGUUAGGACUCCAACUCACAGCCCAAGGAUUGCUGUUAAGUAAGUGAGCCCAAGUAGUUCUACCCUAAAUCAUAGCAACUUAAUUUUUUGCUCCUAUUUUAAAUACCAUAAUGGCAGCAGAGUUAAACAUUGCUUUUGUAGAACACCAUUUGUCAUUUAGUUAUAUGCAGAAAUUGCUUAUCAGUUAAUAUACAUAAGUUGCUCUGAAAGUAAUGCCUUAUAUUUAUUUCCAUAAAUAUUCAGCAAGUGCUGAUGAAUGUCAGUAGGU